CCGUUCGAGCCACAUCGCGCGCGGUUCUUUAGUGCACGCGGGCUCACGCACAUACGCACACGCGCGUGCGCGGCGUGUUUCGCCUCUUUGGGAUUUCCUUUUCCUCUCGGCAAGUUGCAACUUUUUGAGGCGCGUCAGCGACAGUGCGACUUCGCAGGGACCAGAGAUAUUCGGACGGGACGAUGUCGACGACGGUGGGCAAAGCGGAGGAGCAGGUUUCCGACGCGAGCAAGCCGCAGCAAAAUGGUUGCGAGUGCAAAAAGAGCGAGGAGCUGCAGCUCGAGGACAUCAAUGACAACAACAACGACGAGACCAUCGAGGUGGAAAUGGUCGUACCACCUGACGGAGGAUGGGGCUGGGUGAUUGUUGCAGCCUCCUUUAUGUGCAACCUCGUGGUCGACGGUAUUAUUUUCAGUUUUGGUGUAUUUCUCAACGACAUUGCGGAUGCAUUCUCUGUAUCGAAAGCGAGUGUUGCGUUUGUUAAUUCGUUACAGAGCGGAUUUUAUCUCAUGGCUGGUCCCUUCGUAUCCGCCCUCGCUAAUCGAUACGGCUUUAGACUGGUGGCGAUAUUAGGAAGCGUGAUAAGCUGUGUCGCUUUCGUCCUUUCGUACUUCAGCACUUCUAUCGAAUUCCUUUACAUUUCUUAUGGUGCUAUCGGCGGUAUCGGAGCUGGUCUAAUAUACGUGCCAGCCGUGAUAACAACCGGCUUUUAUUUUGAAAAAUGGCGAGCCUUGGCUACAGGUAUCGCAGUAUGCGGCUCUGGUAUCGGUGCAUUUUUACUCGCACCGCUUUCGAAUGUACUCGUGAAAACUUUUGGCUGGAGAGGAGCUUUGCUAUGUCAAGCAGGCAUGCUGUUACAUUGUGCUAUAUUCGGCGCGAUGUUCCGUCCCUUGAAACCAACGAGGAUCAAGGUAAAGAACACCCCAGAAAACGCCGCGCUCGAGGUGAAAACCUCCUUGAUGGGAAAAGGUGUGUCAACGACCUCGUUGCACUGUGUGCAACCGAAUAGAAGCGGUUUCUUCGGCACGAAUAAUAAUACAGAAUACCCGACGGCGGCGGAACUCCUCGGCAGCAGCCCUAAUAUAGUAAAUGCCUCUAAGUCCCUGCAUUCGUUAAACAAGAUGCCUGCGGAGACUCAGAUCCUGGACAGACAGGUGAGCACUUCGGAGAAACGGUUAUCCGCGCCGAUAUAUCCCGCCGAUGGUCUCGAUUUGGACGGUACGAUUAACGAGGAGAAGAUCGCCGAGGAAAAUAAUUUACUCAGCGGUGAUUUAGAACGAUUGAAUGGAAAAGUACCAACGAUACGUCGACAUACAAUUAGUGGCAGGCGUCUCCGAACGGAUUCGGAAUGCAGCCAAAAGUCUUUUCGAAUGGGCAAACGUAAUUCGAAAGAUACGCAGAGACCGUUCUACAGAGAUGAUAUCUUUUACGGCGGCUCUUUAAACCGACUUCCUCAUUACAGGUCUCAGCAAUCGUCAGUCGGUUAUCACAUGUCAGUUACGCGAUUGCCAACGACAAAGGAUGUGGCGGAGGAAGAAAGCGGAAGUUUCUACCUGUGCCCGGAAAGCGUACGACGAAUUCUGACCACAAUGCUCGACUUAAGCCUCCUAAAAAGUCCGACCUUUUUAAUAUUAGCAAUUUCUGGUGGGCUCACUAUGAUGGGCUUUUAUACGCCCUUUUUGUAUGUGGCAGAUCGAGCAAUGAAAGCUAACAUUGACGCUUCUUCGGCAAUGUUCCUCGUUUCGGUGAUCGGUAUCGGUAACACUAUUGGUCGUAUCGUUUGUGGCUUUGCAAGCAGUUUGCCCGGAGUAAACGCUCUGGUCGUGAACAAUAUAUUUAUCAGUGUUGGAGGUUUAGUAACUAUAUUCUCCGGCCUUUCUCUAACCGAGGGAUAUCAGUUCUUUUAUGCAGCCAGCUUUGGCCUUAGUAUAUCCGUCUUCGCUUCCCUCAGAUCAAUCCUCGUUGUGGAUCUGUUGGGCUUAGAAAAACUAACUAACGCUUUUGGGCUGCUUCUUCUGUUCCAAGGUGUGGCCGCGACUGUGGGUGCGCCUCUCGCAGGUGCGUUCAUGGAUGCGACCGGGAGCUACGACGCCUCGUUCUAUCUAUCCGGCAGCCUGAUUCUUAUGUCGGCUGUCAUUUGUUAUCCACUAAAGAGGAUCAACACGUGGGAGAGACGCGACAAGAAACCGGUCGCGAUAGAACCUUCCGCAUCCUGAUUGAAAGUGCAAAAACUGUGCCUCACUCUUCAUACUCCAUGUACGUGCGCUCAUUUGCGCUACAUAUGCAUUGUACAUAUUAAUGCAAAAUAAUUUAUAACGAGCGCUCGAACCGAGAACAUAAUUAUACCGCACGGCCAUAAACGGGGAAUGAAUGAUUUCGUGUGUGUGAUCGACAGAACGAUCGGUUGCGUUCGUUCGCACUGAAAAAUAGCUUUAAAAGGCAAACUCUGAUCAUGCGCUUGGAAAAUAUUCUCAUUUUAUAAGAGAUGUAUAACACGGGAGAAGAGAGAGAAAAUGAUUUCCGUAUGCUUGUGAUCUGCUUG